ACAGGUCGAGAGACAGACCGACAGAAAGACAGGUCGAGGGACAGACAGACAGACAGGUCGAGGGACAGACAGGGAGAGAGACAGACAGACAGACAGACAGACAGGUCGAGAGACAGACAGGGCGCGCGGGGAGGGGGCGACAGGCUGUUCCGUCUCUCUCGACCCUUUUCCCGCGGACCGGAGCCCGAGCCCCCCCCCCGAGUCUCCACCCCAGAGGCCCCCACCCGCGUCGGAUGGGGGGGAAGCAGAGCGCGGCGGGGCGGCCGCGGGGCGCCUUCCCCGGCGUGUCCACGGAUGACAGCGCGGUGCCACCGUCGGCCCACUUCGGCCACUACCGGCCGAGCGGCACCAUGGGCCUGCGCAGCCGCUCGGUGAGCUCCGUCGCCGGCAUGGGCAUCGAGCACAGCGCCGCCGUGCCCUUCGGCUUCUACACCCCGAGAGCGGGCACGGACUCGGAUCGAGCCGGGGGCGGGUCGGGGGGGGGCACCGCCACCAACACCACCACCACAGCCGCCCCCCACCACCACCACCACCACCACCACAACCACCACGGUACCGGCUACCACGACACUGGGGGGGGAGGAGGGCACCACACGGACGGGGUGCUCUACCUGGGGCCCCGGGGGUCGCUGGCUGACACCUUGCCCCUGCACAUCGCGCCCCGCUGGUUCAGCGCGCACAGCGGAUUCAAGUGUCCUGUCUGCUCCAAGUCGGUGGCGUCCAAUGAAAUGGAAGUUCACUUCAUCAUGUGUCUAAGCAAGCCCCGCCUCUCCUAUAACGAUGACGUGUUGGCGAAGGAUGCCGGUGAGUGUGUGAUCUGUCUAGAGGAACUGCAGCAAGGGGACACCAUAGCCAGACUGCCGUGCCUCUGCAUCUACCACAAAAGCUGUAUAGACUCGUGGUUUGAGAUCAACCGGUCCUGCCCUGAACAUCCGUCUGACUGACUUCCCACCAGGCCCAGUAUGAAUAGUGUUCAAGAACAUCUCGUGGUCCGGCCCUGUGGAGAUCCGGACGCAGACGCAAACCAAAUCCGACGAAAAAACAAUCAAAAGCGAUCAACACGUACUUAUCCUGGCAGAAUCCGUCAUCAUCCUUAACCAAGAUAAUUAUUCCUCGUGCACUGAACCAAAAAGAAAACAAGAAAAGAAAUGUGACUGUCAUAUACCGUUGUACAUUAAAGGGCCUUCCCUUCCCGAGCCCACCAUUUUACAUUACUGCUGAAGAGACUUGCUUACAAACUUUCCCCCUUUUCCUUCCUUCCUUCUCCAUCCUCAUACACCCGCUAACAGAGUCCCCUUAAAGGGCUUCAUCGGGCCUCAGCGCCCCCCCGCCACCCUCCCUUCCAACUCAGCCAUGGGCGGUCGUCUCUCUGAGGUGCUCAGGUCCUUGCAGGUCUCCAGCAGCUGGCCUUCCGUCUCGUAAGGCUGGAUCCUAAGCCUGCCAGUCAUUCGUGUCCAACCCUCCUGUGGCCUUAACUGAGGAGAGAGGAAACGACAGCAGGGAGGGAGGAGGCAGGAGGGAAGCAGGAUGGAGGAUGGAGGAGAAGAUGAAUAUGAACAUUGCUAUGAGGAACAAUCUCGUGCAAUAUUCGGUGGGCCUCUCAUUUCACAACAGGACUCGGUGACAUCCUCUCAUCAAAGACUCGGUUCCGGUGUGCUCCCUUCUUUCUUUCUUUCUUUCUUUCUUUCUUUCUUUCUUUUUUGACUCAUAAAAAUUGUAUCCGAAAGUUUAUGCACACCUGGGCAGGUAGGGAGGGUUCGGGUGAAAAACAAAAAAAUGGAUGUCAGCUUCAGGUGGACUGGGGAUUGGAGAGAGAGGAGUAGUCUGGAGCAACGCUCACUUCUGGUUGGUGGAGGGGCGAAAGGGGGCCGGCCGAUGUUGUUUACUCUCCUGCUGUGUAACGUGUGCGUCUGGGACGCUCCGGUGUCCGGUGGCUUCAUCCCGUGUGUGUGUGUGUGUGUGUGUGUGUGUGUGUGUGUGUGUGUGUGUGUGUGUGUGUUCACUAUGUGACGUGUGUGUGUGUGUUCACUAUGUGACGUGUGUGUGUGUGUGUUCAAGAGAGUGUGGAACGGUGACAAAAUAGCUUUUGCUGGAGUCGAGUGUGUGUCUGUGUGUGUGUGUGUGUGUGUCUGUGCGUGUGCGAGAGUCAGCAUGAAAGGUCAGAGUAGCGGGCCGACUGGGACAGUGUGUGUUUGUGUGUGUGUGUGUGUGUGUGUGUGUGUGUGUGUGUGUGUGUGUGUGUGUCUAUUGAAAUGUUUACAGUGUAGAUGUCCAUGUUCCCCGUGCGUGCGACUGGCAGUCCUCCCUUUACUUUGCUGAUGUUUACAGCUACAGAGAAGCGACAUGACAUAUUGUAAAUUAAAAACGUGUAACCGCACUCGGUUCUUUCUUUUUUCUUUUUUUUUUAGAUCUGCCAGAUUUUUCAUGUGAUGAUCAUGAUUAUUAGUCAUUUUCUAGCGAGAGCCUCAAAUGUGAGAGUGUGUGUCUGUGCAUAUGACCGUUUGUGCAUGUGUGUGUGUGUGUGUGUGUGUGUGUGAGCGUGUGAGCGUGUGAGCGUGACAUUCAUGCUACUGUCGGUUCCCCCGCGUUGUGUUUCCACUAGAGUAGGUUCUGGUUUAACUGCGACUCGGAUACGUGAGCCACUCAGACCUGAACCACUGAACCGGGGGCUUAUUUAUUCAUUUGUUCAUAUUUAACAAUAUUUGUUUUAAUAUUACGAGUCGUGUGGCGGCGGGGGGGGGAGGGGGGUGUUACUCUCUACUCUUCAGAAAAUGCCAGAGCAGAUUUAUCGAAGACUACUACAAACCAAAUCAUACAAACAAACAAACAAACUCGCAUUUACGAAAAAAAAGCUACUGUAAACAAAAUGGUGGAAUACAUUGUGCUAGAUGACAGACUCUCUCAUCUUGAACUUUCAUUCUGUGACGCAUUCACACGUACAACUCACACACAACAGACCAGCGCUGGUCUCUCCCCCAUCAAAUAUCUUAAUCCAGAGAUUAUUGUCAGCCUGUAUAGACCAGUGGUUCUGAAACUGGGGGGGAGGGAACGGAGCCACUGUAGGAGGUGGGCAGGGAUGACUGGGGGGGAAUAUGGAAUUGAAUGCAUAUGAUUUAUGUAGGGAAAAUAAACAAGAGUUUGCUGA